GUUUUUUUCAUCUGAAUAAGCUUGAUAAAUUUGCGAGGAGAUACGCAAAAGAAACUUCUGACAUUUAAGCGCUUCCCGAGCGGAAAGUGCGACGCUUUACAAAAUCCGAACAUGCAUGACGGGAAUAUCAGAGUGGAUGCGAGCAUCAUCGCCGAGCUUCCUCAGGGAUGUCGAAUAAUAUCUUUUGAAGAGCACGGGGCCAGUUUCUGGAGCAACACUGCUCGCAUCAAUGUUGAAUUGGGAGAUCAGCAGAGCAUAAAGUCUUUCUUUAUCAAGAUUCUUUCUAACGAGAUAGGCAAAUGUAUGGUCCAGGGAGAGUUCGAAUCCAUGAAAGCCAUCUACAGUCUACGAUCGGGCUUUGUGCCAAAGCCGAUUGCUUGGGGUUCAUUUCGGAAUACACCGGACACCCAUUUCUUUCUAUGCGAGUAUCGGGAAAUGAGUGACAAAAUGCCUGAUCCUGAGGAAUUCACGGGGCAGCUGGCACGCUUACAUCAGGAUAGUCAAUCUCCGACGGGCAAGUUCGGUUUCCACAUCACGACCUACAAUGGCAACCUACCUCAACUGAAUCAUUGGGAAGACAGUUGGGAGACCUAUUUCGCCAACAUCAUGCGCCGGGCACUUGAGCUGGAGCUCGCAGCGAAAGGCCCAGAUCCAGAGUUCGACACAUUGAUACCUGUUUUGUUUGACAAGGUGAUUCCCCGUCUAUUACGCCCACUCGAGAGCGCCGGCAGAUCUGUCAAACCUUCACUGGUGCAUGGGGAUCUCUGGUACGCAAACUCAGGAGUUGAUAUUAGCACGAAUACCUCUUUGAUUUUCGAUGCCUGCUGUUUCUACGCUCACAAUGAAUAUGAGUUCGGUCAAUGGAUGCCGACCUGUAAUAGGUUCGGCGCAGAGUAUUUGUCUGCCUAUCAUGCUUAUGUCCCGAAAUCUCCUCCGGAAGAAGACUACCAGGGUCGCCUCGAUUUGUACAAACUGAGGUUCAAUACGCACGUUUCUGCUUUGUUCACUCAGGACAAGCAGUUAAGAGAGCAGAUGCUCGGCAAUCUUAGGGAUUUAGUAGCGAGGUACGACCGCCGAUUUGCCAAGCUAGGCCUCUGUAGAAUUUAUGAGUUUCCACCAUGUCUGGGACCGAAAAAGACGAGUGCGAAUGCAGGCAAGGGAACGAGCCGAGGGGCAACAUUCCCCAGAGCGCAGAGACUGGCGCAGGAACGCCUGGAAAAGCUGAUCAUCGGAGAGGACAUCACUGACGCGGAGAAAGAGGUCUUGGUUGAAGUCCUAUCCAACCGCGAGGGAGCGUUGGCAUGGAAGGAAAUCGGCCGAGUCCACAAUGACCUUGCUCCGCCACAGAAGAUCAGAACAGUUCCUCACGUCCGAUGGCAGGCGAAGAGUUUUCCGAUUCCGAAGGCCCUCGAGCCGGUCACCAUUGAGCGGGUUAGAGAAAAGCUAAGCAAGAGCCUCUUCGAGAGGGGCCAUGGCCCGUAUCGUAACCCAUAUUUCCCAGUUAAGAAGAAAAGGUCGGGGGAAUACCGGCUGGUGAUUGCAGCGCAGAACAUCAACAAGGUGACGGUUCGGGAUGCAAAUUUACCUCCUUCUUCGGACGACUUUGGAGAGGAAUUCACAGGGAUGUGGAUGACUUCGAUACUCGACUGGCUAUCCGGAUAUGACCAGAUUGAACUCGACAAGGAUAGUCGCGACGGCGCCACGAAUUCUGUGGCCCAGUUCGUACGCAUCACAAAUGACAUCCUACGUGGCCGGAUCCCGGAUAGGACCCGACUGUUCCUAGGCGAUAUUGCCAUCAAGGGCCCGAAAACCGAUUACGGUCAGCAGGAAGUGGCGCCCGGAAUCCGAAAGUAUGUACUCGAGCAUAUACAGGAUUUGGAUGAAGUUCGGCUGGACCUCGAGCGUGCUGGGGCCACAAUUGCUGGGCCAAAGCUGCAAUUAUGUGUGGUUGGCAUUGAAGUUGUCGGCUACAUCUGCGACAAGGAAGGGAGACAUCCCCAGGAAAUGACCGCAGACCCCUUGUAUAGCCUUCUCCGUAAGAAUGCUCCAUGGGUUUGGUCGCCUAUCCAUACAGAAGCGAUGGAGGCAUUGAAACUUGCCUUGACAACUCCGCCGGCGUUGACAUCCCUUGACUACCGACGAGAAGCCGGGGACAUCGCGGUCGCCGUAGAUGCCAUUCUGCGCGGCUGGGGCGCCCGAGGACUUCUAAAGGUUCUCAAGAAGUUCAAGAGAUGGCUGUAUUCGGUCUCCUUCGUCGUCGAGACAGAUGCAGUGACCUUGGCCGCCCAGCUCAACCGGCAGUCGACUGACCUACCUGGGGCGGUUGUCAAUCAAUGGCUCGCAUGGAUCAGAGGCUUUGCCUUUGACGUAAGAUAUGUGCUAGGAAAGAACAACGUGGUAGCUGACGCGCUUUCGCGCCGGCCACGAACACAGGAGGAUCUUGAAGAGGCCGAAGAGGAAUCCGAUAUCGACGACUGGCUCGAAGUACGGAUGCUUGUCGUCCGGGCCAGCAUUCGUCCCAUCAAAUGGAAAGCUGGCAGGAGUGACCUCGUCCAUGUCAGGCCGCCGCGCAUAGUCUGGUUAUUUGAAGACGGAUACACAGACGAGUCGACGCGGUUGGCCAAGUUCUUACGAGACAAUGAGCGACCGCAAGCGACGCACAAUGACUCUCGCCAUCGAGGAAGAGAGGCUACCAAUAAGCGGGUCAGCGAUAGAUACUUUUGGGUCGGGCAAUGGAAAGAUGUACCGACCUUCUGUAAAACCUGCAUUGAGUGCCAAUGUCGGGAUGGUAAACGUUUGGAAAACGAGACGACCCCCUCCUUGGUCGACGCGAGAUGGGAGCAAAUCAGCGUCGACCCGACAACGACGCCGGCGUCCGCUGGAAGUCACUACCUCGUCGAAGCAAGAAGCCAGUUUAGUGGGUGGGUAGAAGCCCGAGGAACUGCAAAGGCAAAUAGCGCCAUCCUCACGAAAUUCCUCUGGGAGGAGAUCAUCUGCCGCCGCGGGGUGUUCCGGCGGCUCCUGCAUGAUGGCGGUCCGGAAAACAAGGGCUGGGCCGAAGCGUUGGCGAACCGAUACGGCACAAAGAGAGUCAUCUCCUCCACUUACCAUCCGCCGACGAACGGACAGGUGGAAAGUUAG